AUGUACUUGAUCAUUUCUCGAUCGGAUCUCACAUUCGUCGUUAAUGUUUUCAGUCAGCUCAUGCAUGUUUCUCGUGCACAUCAUCAUCUUGCAGCUCUUCGUGUCCUCCGUUACUUGAAGACCACUCCUGGCUAUGGUCUCUUCUUUUCAUCCUCUUGCAGCCUUCAGCUCUCUGCUUUUUGUGGCUCUGAUUGGGCUAGUCGUCCACUUACACGCCAAUCCACCACUGGCUAUAUCAUCAAGUUAGGUGAUAGUCCACUUUCUUGGCGCACAAUAAGGCAACCUACUGUCUCUCGCUCUUCAACUGAGGAAAAUAUAUCAAAGUUUUGCAUGAUAAAUGUUAUGAAUCGAAUCAAAUUUGAAAUCACUUUAUUAAAAGCGGAACAGUUCCGAUACCUAUUUGUUAAGAGAUUAAGACAAUUAUAUGAAAUAAAGAUCACAAGAACACAAGAGAAUAAUCUGCAGAAGAUGGAUAUUUUAUUAUAUAUGGAGAAAGAGAACAAAGAUUACGUGUUUACAAUAUUUCUAACUUAUAAUGAGGUUAAAAAACCCAACUGA